CUCUCCUUGAAACUAAUCGAUUGGAUGAGCAGCAACACGAUCGAUCAUUAUAAGCUACACAAAAUACAUUACAUAUUGACAUUCAAGUGGUCGAGCUGAAUUAGUUGUCUAACUCCUACUAUGUUUUAGUAAGAGUUUUAACCAAAUCAUCAUUCAUGUAGCUUAAAAUGUAAACACAUGUGCAAUUGUGCAUAUGGGAUUGCCUCUUACCUAUGCCUUUGAGAUUCUAUAUGUUUGGUUGACACUUGUUGAUUAUGCCCAUCAUAGCAUUUGUCUCGAAAAACGAAUUUCGAAAUAGAGUGACAUCUUGAAAUAAGUAAAAUUCAAAUCCAUGAAAUUUUAUUAAUGAAAUCAUUAAGUUUUUGUUUGAAUAUGUAAAUUUAGGGAAGAAAUGUCGAAGCAUGGUUACUUAUCGAGUUAUGAGACUUGUUUUAUUGGAGGACAACCAAGAGGAGAUAAUUGAAAUGUCUAGAAUUUCAUUUAUUUAAAUUAACAAAAAAAAAUUCAAUUAAAGUCUAAAGUAGUUUAUUUGUUGAAUUCCUUCAUUGAGUUUGAUUGAACCUCAAUAUCAUCACUGUAUUUUUCAUCUAAAAUGUCUUCAACAAAAAAAUCACGAAAAAUUACAUAUUUGUUCAAUUGUAUACCCCUAAUUAUACUUGAUGGAGCAAUACAACAACCCGAAACUAUGAGUUAUUGUUUGGGCAAUAGAAGGCAGUCUUCUAUUGCAUAAAUAAGAGUGAUUAGUGCUGAUUGCACUACCAAAUACCAACCCAUUUGGUUGGUGAUUUGGUGCUAGGCAUGUUGGUUCGGUUGAUUAACUAAUCGUAAUCAAACUCCAUACAUUUCUGGCCUAAUAUUUCUCGCUUCUUAUUAAUUUUCCGAUUAAGAAGUGAGAAAUAUUGCCCAAUAUCUCAGCCCUACUUGGUGCCCAAAAUGCAGCUCGGAACUCAAGAUAGAAAGUAUUUCAGAUAUACUACUCGUUGCUUUGGCUGCUGUGAUUUAAAAUUUAAAUUGCUUUGGUCAGCGCCACGAAAUAGGUCGAGAGGGGAAAAGGGGAAUCAGAAAAGAACACGAAGAGGCCCCAGCAGCCGCAGCAGCAAAACUGAGGAGCAACAAGAAAGAAGGAAUCAUCGCCACCAGCCAACAAAAAGAGAGCCCAAGCAAAACAAAACCUAAAUCUCCCCCCUCUUCGCCAUCGCCAUCCCAUCUCCAAGCUCCCACCACCACCACACGCCGCCGCCGGGACCCAAUUCCCUCACCGCCAAACACAAACCAAUCGAGCUUCCCCCCCUCCUUAUCCCCCCAAAUUGGCAAUUACCCACAAACCAAAUACUGACAAAACCAAAUCCCAAAUGCUCGAAUUCCAUCCCCAGGCUAACAAAAUCAGGAAUCUGCUCUGCUUUACACGUUUUUCUCUAGCCAUUUCCACCCUUUUGCGGAUUGAUUGAGAGCUCUAUCCACCCACUACCAGGGGCGCAAUGGCGGCGGCUUCCACUAGCAGGCCUAGUAGCAGUGCUGCUGUUCCCCUUUCCCCAGCAAAACAGGGGACCUCUGCUGCUGGUGCUGGUCCAUCUUCUUUGCUGUUGGAGAAUGCUGGCUCUUUCCGCAUCAGGGCUCCGGUUACUGCGGAUUCCGACUCCUCCGAUUUCGACUCCAACGUCAGCGACUUCUCCGACGGGAGUAGCGUCGCCGACGAGGAUGGUGACGGAGGGUUCGAAACAGAGGACUCUGUUAUCGAAGAAGGUGAAUCGACGGACGUUAAAGGCGAGGCCUUUAGGCCGGUUGUGGCGAAGGUGGUAGUAGGAAAGCCUGUCGCUCAGCUGUCACUGUAUGAGGACGAAGAGGAGGUCGACUUCUCCGAUGUUAGUGACGGGGAAAACGGUGCCGUGCCGACAGUUGUUGCUAGAGUUCCCGGCUUGGAGACCAAGGCUAGAGUGAGAGUUCAGUUUCUGGAAAUUAAGGAAGAGGAAGAUGAAGGUAGGGAGAUAGAUGAGUUGUCGGAUUCUGGAACUGUUAUUGGAGCUCCGAUUGAGAAUUCGGAUUCUGCUAAUGUUGCUGAAUUGGGAAGCAGUUUGGAAAAAGAUUCUAGUCCAGUUGUUGUUGAUGAAUCGUCAGAAGUUCGAAAUAAUAUAGUAGAAGUUCAGGCCGCUGAGGCUUCCAUGGUGAAAGAACAGGUUUCUGAGGAGAUAGAUGAGCUGUCGGAUUCUGGAACUGUUAUUGGAGCUCCGAAUGCGACUUCGGGUUCUGGUGUUGCUGAAUUUGGAAGCAGUUUGGAUAAUGAUUCUGGCUCAGCUGUUGUUGAUGAAUCGUCUGAUGUUCAAAAGGAUGUACCAGAAGUUCAGGCCUCUGAUGCUUCCAUGGUGAAAGAACAGGUUUCUGAGGAGAAGAUUUUGACAUCUGACGAGGAAGAUGUGGUAAAAGUCGAACAUUUUGUGACUACUGCUGAGCCAGAGGUUCAAGAGAUGGUAGCUGAGAGUUCAGGUGAGAAUACGGAGUGUGAUCAGAAUGAGAAGGAUAGUGGAAAAGCAGUUGAAGACGAGGAAGUCAUUGUUGUUGCUGCUGAUGCUGGGAGUGCCACCAGGCCAAAUUACCAGAGCUUGGAGCUAGCUGAAAAUGGAGGAAUUAGAAGUUUUGAAGAGGAGGAAUUGGAAGAAGGUAAAACGUUUUUGCUUUCUGAUCCAGCUGUUAGUAAAGACUUGACCUUUGAGGACUGCAGCAGUGAUUCCCAUACGACGAGCAGCCAGAUUCCUGACUUGGAAGUUGAUCCUGCUGGGCUCAAUCAGAGCUCGGAGUUGCCUGGAAAUGGAGGAACUGUACCUUUUGAAGAAGCAGGUGAAAUCACUGUACUGUCUGGCCCAGAUGUCAAAGACUUGACCUUUGAGGAUUGCAGCAGUGAUUCCCACACGAUGAGUGGCAGGAAUGCUGACAUGGAACUCGGCACCAGCCCAAAUCAAAGCUUCCAGUUGCCUGAUAAUGGUAAAACUGAAAGUUUUGAAGAGGAAGUAGAAAGUAAAAAGUCAUUACCUUUAGAUGUAGUUAUCGAGGAGGGUUUUGAGGACUGCAGUGAUUUGCAGACCAAUAAUGGUCAGAUUGCUGACUUGAAAAUUGAGACAGGAAUUGAGGUAAAAGAGAAGCAAGUGUUUGAAUCCGAUGGCAGCAGGAGCAGCAGCUUCACCACGUGCUUCAGUGAUGUGUCCAGAGAAAUUUCUUCUGAGUGGUCUGCUGAUACAGGUUCUUCAUUUGGUGGCCUUAGCCCUCUUCCUGUGCAUUCAGCAAAGGUAAGGUUAAUUGAAGAUGAGAAGAAGAAUGUGUUUCAGAUGAAUCAGCAUCUUAUCGUUAAAUUAUUGAGGCUUAUCAAUAUACUAGGAUGCUCUUCUCAAGACCCAAUUGCUGCUCAAGUGAUGUAUAACUUAGCAGGAGGGUAUGGGAGCCAAGAACUUAACUUUGAGUCCUCUGAGAGAUUGGCAAUGGAGGGUGAAACAGAGGGGACUGACAACCUAGACUUCAGUUUGAACAUAUUGGUUAUAGGGAAAACUGGAGCGGGGAAGAGUUCCACCAUUAAUUCCAUAUUUGGGGAGAAGAAAGUUUCAAUCAAUGCAUUCGAGCCGGCAACCAACAUUGUCAAUGAAGUUUCUGGUACAGUGAAUGGAAUCCGAAUCAGAAUCCUCGACACGCCAGGAUUGAGAUCUUCCUUCAAGGAUACAUCCACCAACAGAAAGAUACUUUCUUCUGUAAAGAAAUUCAUGAAGAAGUUCCCUCCAGAUGUUGUCCUCUAUGUUGACAGGCUGGACGAUCUCACGAUAGAUGAAACUGCUGAUGUUACAUUGCUGAGAGAAAUCACUAAGUUUCUAACACCAUCCAUAUGGGACAAUGCCAUUGUCGUUCUCACUCAUGCUUCUUCUCCUUCUUCUCUUCCUCCUGAAGAAGAUGGACCAUUGAGCUUCGAGGGUUUUGUUGCUCGGAGGUGCUAUGGGAUCCAACACGCAAUCAGCCUAGCAGUUGGUGACCAGCUUCUUGUGCAUCCUGGAAAUCGGAAGCCAGUGGCCCUUGCUGACAAUCAGAAAGAGAAGAACUGGACUGCCCAGUUGUUGCUUAUGUGUUGCUCAGUGAAGAUUCUAUCAGAAGCGAGUGGAAUCUCCAAGAUUCCUCGUCAGAGACUUUCUAAUGAAAGUGGUGGAGAUUUUGUUGACUCGUAUGUGGAAGCAAUGAGGAAGAAAUCCGUAGACAGUAUGGACUCAGAUUCACUGCCCGAGCUUCUCCUGCCACCUUCAUUCAGGUAUCAACCUCUGGAGCCAACACCACUUACCCUCAUGAAGCCAGCUUUUGAUAUGAAUGGUUAUUGCGGACAUGAUGGAGUCACCAUUGAAAGAAACAACCUCUCCAUUGGCAAUCAGUUCCCAUCUGCAUUAUCCCUCCAGCUCACCAAGGACAAGAACCACUUCAAUCUCCGCCUGGAUUCCUCAGCACUAGACAGAUCAACCACAAUGGCUGGUUUCGACAUCCAGGGCGAGACCAAAGUUGGGAACUUUAAGGUGAACAAGACAGCUUUCGGCAUGUCCAUAGCUAUACUGGCCAUGGGGAUGAAACAUGACGACGAGUCAAGAUCGAGCCUUUCUGCUGUGAAAUGGAAGGAGGGUUUGAGUCUGAUUGGUAGCUUGCAGAGUGAGAUGGAGUUUAGGAGAGGUUCGAAAGUCGGUUUGAGUGUCUGGAUGAAUGAUAAGAAGAGAGGGAGGAUUAGUGUGAAGAGCAGUAGCUUGGAGCUGCAGUUUGCUAUAAUGGAGAUUGUUCCAGUUGUGAUGGCCGUCUUGGGAAGGGUUUGUUAUGGUGGCAGCAUGAGAAACUGAGGAAGGAACCAUGUCACCAAACUUUACCAUGUUCAUCUGGUAGUUCCUCUUCUUUGUUUGACAGUGUAUAUGAAUCAGAAGGCUAACACAUAUUUAUAUGUUUCUGUUAGAUGUUUCCUUCUUUCUUAUAACCUAUGAAAAGUGCUGUAAUUACUCUACAAAAUCAUCCUACUUCUUUUCUCGACCUUCUGGCUCUCUCGUAGGCAUCAAAUUUGCAAGAUUUUGCCUUGGUAGGUGUUAAUGUUGUGGUAUAUGAUCCACGAUUGAACCUUUUCCAACAACUCGAGUUAUUGGGAUCAACUGGUUCUCGAUAUGGUAUCAGAGCCUUUUGUGAUCGAGAGGUCUUGUGUUCGAUUCCCGUUGACCCCCAUUUGUUAAGCACAUGAUAUUCUUAUCUUCAGACCUGUGCAAACUUCAAGCCCUUGUUAGUGGCUUUCGUUUGAGAUGGCGUGUUAGUGUUGUGGUAUAUGAUCCACGUUGGCUUCAAUGAUUGAUAGUUUUCUUUCAUUGAGAGUGGUGAUUGUGAAGUGAUUGAGAAUUAUGAGUAUCUAGAAGAGCUGGAUCAUGAUGAUUUGUAGAGUUUAGAAAUAUUCUAUAAAUUACGAAGUUAAAUACUCCUCCUGUAUUAGAUUCGACAAAUGAACGUUUAACAUCGAAUCAAGUCAUUAAUGGAAUACUAGGAUUAUGUUGAUACAAGACAAGACAAGGAAAAAAUAGUAUAAGAACACAUUUAAAGUGUUAUUAUAGCGCUAACAUAACAUCAAUAGGAAUCAACUAGUUUUGCGUUUGUUGAUGGGUGGCAUGUUUAAUUUGUUUAUAUUUCUCUUUUUAUUAAUUUGUGUUGAAUUUCUACUUCUUUUAUAUUUAUUUUUAUCAUGUCUAUCUAUUAUCCAAACUUCGUAUGAUUGCAAGCCUACUAAAUUUCGUGUGAAAUUGGCUUUGAUUAAAAAUUAUGUAAAAUAAUAAAAGUUAUUAGCUCAUCACCAGCUGAAAGAUCAUAUUCACGACCGUCUUAUCUUCAAUUGGCCAACAGUUUUCAACUUCAUGAGUUAUUGUACACGAUGCCCCAUAAAUUUUUUGUUUGGCACACCAAAAUGUUUUGCCCAAAUACACCAAGUGUCGAACAUUUCCCUCAACUUAAUUCAGAUUGGCAUAUGUAAUGAUCGAAUAUAGUCAAUUUAUAACU